AUGUUGGAUAAAAAGCGGGACCCAAAGGCCGUAGUGGCUAUCAAGAAACAGUCCAGAGUUCCUGGGGUUGUAAUCACUCAAUGUGUUGAGCGAGUGCCUCUUGGAAAGUCAACACCUGACUUCACACGGAAGCCAUUGGCUACAACUGUACAAGAGGGUAAAAAAGCCGUUUUAAAAGCUAUGGUUAGCGGAGAGCCAGCACCAACUGUCACCUGGGAGCGCCACAAUGGUGAAGUUGAUGACCCAGAAAAGUACAAGAACCGAUAUGAUGAAAGAGCUCGAGAGCACAUUUUAGAGAUACCAAAUGUAAAACUAGACCAAGCUGACACCUACAGAUGCUUAGCCACCAAUGAGUUUGGAAAUGCUGUCUGCACCACAACACUCAGUGUUACUGAAGUUGGCUUAAAGAAGAAAGGUCGGGCAGCACCACAGGAUUUCAGAUCAAUGCUUAAGAAAACUGUUGUUGUCACCAGAAAAAAACAACUGCCACCAAAGAAAGAGGGAGAAAUUGAUCCUAAGCUCUGGGAGUUGCUUCUCAGUGCACCAAGAAAGGACUACGAAAAAAUCUGUUUGGACUUUGGUGUAACUGACUUUCGUUGGAUGCUGAAGAGACUCAACCAGAUGAAAAAAGAGAGAGAAGAUGAACAGGCAAAGGUUAUAGAGAAGCUGGAGAAUGUGAAACAAAUAGAAGUGAAACCUAAUGGGAGAGCUGAAUUUAGCCUCAACAUGACUCUCUGGGACCCCAACAGUGUUAUUGAUUUAUACAAGGAUGGAAAAUCGGUACAAUACGGUGAUGAUGAAACUUCAAAGCAUAGCCUUAAGAAAACCGGGACAAAGUAUGUUUUCAGCAUCAAAGACCCUCAACCAGAAGAUGCUGGAUUUUACCAGGUUGAUGUUGAAGAAGCAAAUGUCCUGACAACUGACUUUCAAGUGCCUGCUGUGAACUUUGUAGCAAAGAUCAAGGAUGCAAAAGCUGUUGAAAGCGAGGAUGCAAUCUUUCAGUGUGUCUUGUCGACACCGCUCAACAGAAUCACAUGGUCAAAACAGGACUCAUCACUCGAUCAUGGGGACAAAUAUGAAAUCACCGUCUCAGAAGACAAACUCACUCACACAUUAAGAGUCAGAGACUGUAAAAUGGCAGAUAAUGGAGCAUAUUAUGCCAUCGCUGGGAUAACUUCCAACAGUGCCUCUCUCACAGUGGAAGCUGAUCCAGACGGCAGUAAAAGUCGUGAGGGCAUCAAAACUGGGGAUCAGGAUAAUCUGACUAAACAAGCAUUUGAACAAGAAAAAGACAAACGAGCACAGCCUAAGAAAGAUACAGCUGAUUCAGAAGCUGCGGCUGCUCUGACGGAUGGAGGAGAAGGUUCUGGUGACGGGUCUAGUGAUGGAUCCAAAGAUGGAUCUGGGAUGAAGACAGAUGGAGAUGAUGGAGAUAAUGAAAAUAAUAUGGGAGAUACAGAUGAUAAGAAAAAGAAGCGAUCACGAACUGGUCCUUUGGUUCCUGACACUGUUAUAGACAAACCCACACCACCACAGGGACCUGCAGAGAUUAUUGAAAGUGCUGUGACAUCUGUAGAGUUCAAAUGGAAACCACCAAAAGACAGUGGUGGGUGCCCGAUCACCAGCUACAUCAUAGAGCGCCAACAAGUGGGCCGGAGUAAAUGGACAAAUCUCGGUGAGAUCAGUGGCAGCGAUGCAAGUUACAGAGAUUCAGAUGUCGACCCUGGAAGAAGAUACUGCUAUCGGAUUCGAGCCAAGACAUCAGAAGGAAUCAGUGAUUACCUGCAAACAGAGGCGAUAGCUGCUGGUGUUCUGCGUUAUCCAGGAGCCCCAACAGCACCUAAAGUAAUCAGUGCCUUUAAAGACUGCAUCAAUCUGGCAUGGAGUCCUCCAUGUGACACCGGAGGAACCAAAAUAGUGGGUUACAAUUUGGAAAAGAAUAAGAAAGGCACUAAUUACUGGAGCCUGGUAAACCAAGUAGGGCCAAUUACAGAUACAAAGUAUGCAGUGAAAGAUGUCUUUGAAGGGGCAGCGUAUGAAUUUAGAGUGUCUGCUAUCAACCUGUCUGGUGCUGGAGAUCCUAGUAUUCCGUGUGACACAGUAAUUGCAAGAGAUCCAAAGAAACCUCCAGGCAAAGUCACAGACCUGAAAUUAACAUCCUCCAACUACACCACAUUUUCCCUGGCUUGGACUAAACCUAAAGAAGUGAAAGGGGUUGAGGAUGAAGCCCAAGGAUACUAUGUGGAGAUAAGACUGAUAGAAAGCCUUGAAUGGACCCGCUGUAAUGCCGUCCCAAUUACUUUAACUUCCUACACUGUACUUGGCUUGAAGGCAAUGGCCACAUACUGGGUGAGAGUAAUUGCCACCAAUUACGGAGGUGAUGGAGAACCUCAGGUCUUUGACAAUUACGUCAUUGCCAUGCCCCCUCCCGUACGGCCAAAAUUUAAAGACAGAAACAUGAAAACCUUUGUGGUGGUGAGAUCUGGAAACACAGUCCGUCUGAACAUCAACUUUGAGGCCUCCCCACUCCCAGAGAUUAGUUGGUUAAAAGAUGGAAUUCCAGUGGCUAAACAUGUGACAAUUACCAACUCUGAUAAAGGCUCUCAGUUAUUGAUCCCCACAUCUGAACGCUCUGACAGCGGCGUCUACAGCAUUACCGUCAAGAACCUGGUCGGCCAGGAGAGCUUCAAUGUUGAAAUAAGAGUUACGGAUGAUCCCAGGCCUCCAGGAUCAGUGGAGCUGGAUCAAAACAUCCCAGGAACAGUGACUCUGUCCUGGUCUCCCUCUCCAGAUGAGAAGAGGGACGACAGGCUACACUACAUGGUUUCCCAACGGGACUCCUUCAAGCGCACUUGGAGGACAAUGGCCGACAACCUCUUCAACAACAAGUUCACAGUUGUAAAUAUUUUGCCUGGACGGGAGUACUACUUCAGAGUGUUUGCUAAAAAUGACAUGGGCUUUUCAACACCUACUGAAUCCCCUGUGUUUGAAAACAGAAAGGAAAAAGAAAAGUUCAAAGUGAACAUGCCAAAGAAAAAAAACGUGGACUUCCAGGCCCCUCCAGCAUUUAUCGUCCCCCUGAAGAUGCGUACGGCUCCACAAGGCUACGAGUGUCACAUGAGUUGUGCAGUUAAGGGAGAUCCAUCUCCUCGUGUGACGUGGUACCGCAACAACAUCAACCUGAACACAAACACCAACUACCACAUCACUAAUGUCUGCGGUGUCUGCUCCUUGCUCAUACUGAGGGUCGGAGCCAAAGACAAUGGUGAAUACAAAGUAGUUAUUGAGAACAAACUGGGGUCAGCGGAGUGCUCAAUGAUCCUGAACGUCAGAGAGUGAAGACCUGAACCUGCAAACAGUGUUUUGAACUGAUUAGACUACAUCUGUUAUAGUCUUGACAUACAUGUUUAAUAGCGUAGAACAAAAACAACAAAACGCAUGUUAUUUAUUUUAUUUGUUUCCUGUUCCACUUAAUCAUUAUUUAAGGAUAUAAAGUAUAUAAAAAACUACUUAAAACAUCUCAACUCUUUAGCAUAGAUAUACUUAAAGUGACAAUGAUUAAUCCUUGAAGGUAUCAUUUGGAGUUAAUGACCUCUAGCAACGUUAUUGAGUUAUGUUUUCAUGAGAGGGCCCCCGCUUUAUUUGUAUUUGAUGCAUGUCCUUACAUUACACCUUGACAGAGACUGUUACUGUGAAAUUAACACUUAACAUCAGCUUGUGUCAUAAAUGGUAAGGUUUUGUGUUUAAAUGGAGGCUUUGUGAUGCAGCAGUACCCGCUACACCUCCUUGUUUGACCUACUCCUUUUUCUCAGAACUUUUCCUGGAGCAUUACACGAGAGAGAUCCUGUGAAUGCAUC